GCAUGGGUCACGUGUUUUUGGCGGGACGAAUCAAGCACCGAUACAGCGUUCCGAAGCAACGGGCUCUGCUGUUCACGUGUUUUUCGCGCAUCACAGCGGACUGAAGUCGUGUUUUCUCCUGUAGCGUGUGUCCCCGAAAUCCUCCUGAGUGCAACAAGAGGCUUUCCGAAGGUAGCUGUUGUACAGACAAUGGCCAUGUGCAAUGUCAAGAAAAUUUCAUGGAAACUACAAGACGUGGUGGCCCACCCAAGCAACGUGUCUUCACUGGUGUUGGGAAAAUCAUCAAGUCGCUUGCUGGCAACAGGAGGGGAGGACUGCAAUGUCAACAUCUGGGCUGUUAACAAACCAAACUGCAUUAUGAAAUUGACGGGUCACUCAAGCCCCGUAGAAUGUGUCCAGUUCAGUAACUCGGAGGAGCAGGUGGUCGCUGGCUCGAAAUCAGGAUCUUUGCGGGUCUGGGACCUGGAAACUGCAAAAAUAUUUCGGACACUGACGGGUCACAAGGCGAAUAUUUGCAGUGUAGACUUUCACCCGUUUGGAGAAUACUUGGCCUCUGGUUCUAUGGACACUAACAUUAAGUUAUGGGAUGUGAGAAGAAAAGGGUGUGUGUUCAGAUAUAAGGGUCAUACUCAAGCAGUGCGCUGUCUGGCAUUUAGCCCUGAUGGAAAGUGGCUCGCUUCAGCCAGUGACGAUCGCACAGUCAAGCUGUGGGAUUUAACAGCUGGAAAGAUGAUCACCGAAUUCACAGCACACACUUCAGCGGUCUCCGUCAUCCAGUUCCACCCUAAUGAGUACCUUCUGGCUUCAGGAAGUGCUGACAGGACCAUAAAGUUAUGGGAUCUGGAGAAAUUCAAAAUGGUUGGCUCAUCAGAAGGUGAAACAUCAGGAAGGUGUGUGUUGUUCAGUCCUGAUGGUAGCUGUUUAUUCAGCGGCUCAGAUGACACAUUGCGUGUGUAUGGCUGGGAGCCAGACUGCUGUUUUGAUGUGGUGCAUGUAGGCUGGGGCAAAGUUGUUGACAUUGCAAUUUGUAACAGUCAAAUGAUCGGGGCGUCCUGCAGCCAGAUGAGCGUGAGCUUGUAUGUCGUGGAUCUGGACCAAGUGAAGAGAUCAGGAGCUGCACAAGAACAGAUUCCGGGCGGAAAGCCGACUACUGCACCUAUUCCAAUAGGUGUAACACUGCGGCGGAACUAUGAGCGACCCACCACGUCCUGCAGCAGGCAGAAAAUAAAGCAGAAUGCUGACAGGGGUGCUGCAGGGGACAGGCGUAGCCCUAGCAGCGAGGAUGAACGUAAAGAGGAGAGUAAAGCAGAAAUCACAAAUCCAGAUGAUUAUAUAGAGAUCUUUCAGCCUCGCAAAGCCAUCUCUCGAACACCUCCCAGAAGGAGUGAACCCCUCCCUUCACCACUUGUGGAUGAAAGCAUCCAGGUGAACCCCUCUGCAGCCAAAAAUGCUACAUCGCCUGAACAACCGAAGGUCCCAGACGUUUCCUCCACAGUAGUGAUCACAGCCGAACCUCAACCUGUUUCCGUAGUAACAACAUCAGUCUCAAGGCAUGUCAUCACAACAUCCAAAGACAAACCCAGUCUAGCCGUUAGUCCGUCCACACACGCUCAGCCACUCAGCCUUAUUAUUGGGGACAUUUUACAGCCUGGACGUGGCAGAGAGAGCAGUGUCGCAGCAGACGAAGAGGCACUGGUUCAGAUCAGAAAAGGGCAUGGCACUAUGUUGGUGAUGUUGACUAGCAGACACAAGAACCUUGACACGGUACGGUCUUUCUGGGCUGGAGGUGACAUCAAGAUAUCACUUGAUUCCGCAAUGUCCAUGAACGAUAUGUCCAUUGUGGUGGACAUCCUGAAUAUGAUCAACCUCAAACCGUCACUUUGGAAACUAGACACGUGUAUGUGCAUCUUACCCCAACUUGAGGAGCUGCUACAGAGUAAAUAUGAAAGUUAUGUGCAGACCGGAUGCAUGUCUUUAAAGUUAAUUCUGAAGCGUUUUUGGCCAAUAAUCUCAGACUCACUGACAGCGCCCCCUUCUGUCGGAGUGGAUAUUACACGAGAGGAAAGGCUUCAGAAGUGUAAGACAUGCUAUAAGCAGCUGAAGAACCUCAGCAAUGUAGUGAAGAACCGUGCAGAGCAAGUUGGACGAUAUGGCAGUACUUUUAAAGAACUGCAGCUGCUUAUGGCUCCUCUGGACUUUUAAAACUGAAGCACUUUCCUUAUAGCUUCAGAACACACGCGCACACACGCACGCACACACACACACACACACACACACACACACACACACACACACACACACACACACACACACACACUGGUCUCAGUAAGCUCUUACUUGGCAAAGCACUUACUGUGGUGUAACUGAGAAGGAAGUCCAGAAUAUGGGCUGCUGAGCUGCAUGAAAAGACACUUUAUAAUAAAUAUUCAUUUAUAAAACUGAUUGUGUUUAAUAAAUGAAUCUCUUUCCAUA